UACGCGCUCAAUAUCAUUCUACAUUCAAUAUGGAUUUACAUAAAAAGUAUAUGGAAUUUUCUACAAACGAUAUAUCCAUAUUGGAAAUUAUUGAUGCUUCAUUUAAAGACGAUCCAUUUCUUUAUUUACAUCGUUUAGUUCAAUCCUAUAAUAAUGAAAUUAACAAAAAUAUUUUGGAUAUAAAGAAACUCCAAACUUUUCAUACAAUAUUAUGCUACGAAUAUCAACUCAGAUUUCAUUCUAAUAAUAUAUAUGCAUAUAAAAAUUUGGAAGAUUUUUCUUUUCAAAACAACAUUGAAAAUGUUUUAUUUCCUCAAAACCAAUGGCGUAACAUGUCAGAGAUAUUGUUUAUUUACGAUAUUUUGCUAUUACAAAUGGUUUUGUAUUGUGAUAUGCAAUCUAUUAAAAUAAAAUUAGAAAAUUUCAGAAAGUUUAGAAAUUCUAAUCUUAAUAAUAGCAAUGAAACAAGAGAGCUGUAUAUGAAAGUACUAGAGUGUUUUUUGGAUACAUUGCAUCUGCAUUGUUAUCUUUUUAAAAACGGAAAACAGGAGGAGUAUGAAGAAUUUAUUCCCUUAUAUAUAGAAGAUAUAAAAUGUUUAAUAACUACAAAAGAUGAUAUACAAUGGAGAACAUUAGCAUCAAUUAUACCAAAAAUCAAUCGUACAUUUGAAAAAAAAAAAGUAGUUUUUCCCAUCUGGAAUCUUUUCUUAAAUGAAUUAAAAGAUCUUGAAGAUUUACUUGCCACGAUUAAUAUACUUGCUGAUCAUUAUUUUUCUUUAGAAAAAGAUUCUCUUUAUGAUCUAUAUUAUGAUCUAUACUGUAAAGAUAGAUUUUGGUUGAUAAUCUCAAAGGGAUUAGAAUCUUCUGUUCAACAGUAUCGAAAGUGGGCAUUGUUUCUAAUGAAGAAAACGAUUGAUUUUAUGAGUGAGAUAAAGUUUGAAAAUUCGCAUCUAAAAAAAAAUACAUUGACUCCUUUUAUUUGCAUUACUUGCCUUAAAAAUGUAAAAAGUAAUAAGGAAAAAUUUUUUUUGGUGUUAGAAGCAUUGGAAGAAAAACAAAAACAUUUGAUAUUGCCAGCUUUAACUCAUUUACCUGGGUUGAUAAAAAGUAAUGAAGUAUGUGGCAAUUGCUUUAAUAUUAUAUGGUUAGGUUGUAUUUUUAAAAGAAUAUUGCAGCAUGAGAAUAAUAAUAUAGUGAAGCUUGGAUUAUUAAAUAUUUGCAACAUGGAUGUAAUUAUGUGUGAUGAACAGUUUCUUGGUUUUUUUGUAAAUAUGUUAAAUAACACUUUUUUGUAUGAAAUACAAUCUGAUAAUAAUGAAUCAGAAAUAAUAAAGGAACUUACAGGAUUACUAUCCCGCAUAACCAGACAUAAAAAUAAAUUUAUUUUAAAGAAAUUUUUGUAUCAUAUUAGUCAAAUUAAAUGGGGUCCUGUAGCAAUGUUUUAUGUGACACAUAUUCUUUAUACCGUUUUUGAAGAGAAUCAACAUUAUAUUGAAUUGGAAGACAAUGAUUUAAAUGCUAUUCAGACAUUGAUAUCAUUAAAUUUGAAUAUGCAUUCACCCAUUUUACGGAUUGCAUCUCAUAUUAAUAUUAUAAAAAUGAUUUCUUAUUCUUCAAUUUCAGUAAACGAUUUAGAAUUACUUGCAAAUGUUCUAUCUACUUUUCCUUCAGAAGAAGUUUUGAGAAGAGGUUCAAGUACUUGGGAAAUUAUUAUUAAAUGGUUACCUAAAGUAAUAACAAAAUGUAAUGCUGCAAAUUUUAUUUCUCAUAUCUCAGAAAAAUACCUUCUGAAAAAUCAAUUUGAAAUAAAUAUUAAUACAUUCGCACUCAUGAUUUUUCUUCUAUAUGAUGCAAAAUUAAUAUUUUAUUCCAAAUCAUGUCCUGCUAUACAAGCAAUAAAAACUUGCUUAGAUUCAUUGAUAGGAUCUGAUGUGAGACCAUAUUCUAAUCUUUACUCAAAUAUUAAGAUACUUGAAUUAAUGUCAUAUUUACUAAAGGUCAAUAUUAUGGGAAAUUGUAAUAAUAUCACACAAAUGUUGUUUUCGUAUGGUGAUACUGCUAUGAGAGUUAUAAUAAAAAAUUUAAGAAAAGCAACGAUGACACUAUGUUAUGAAGAUUUAGAUAAAUUUUUAAAUAUUAUUACAACGUUUUUCAAUAAUAAAGAUUUAUUAUUUUCAAAAGAAGCAAUGUGCAUGUAUGCAGAAAAUUUACAAAAACCAUUACUUGUAAACAUAAAUUCUGUACAAGGUACUGAAUAUUUAUCUAUUUUACACGUUUUACUUCUAUGCCAAAGCACAAAUCUUGCAUUAUGUUCAAAAGAAACGUAUGAAUUCUGCAUAGCAAAUAUGCACAAAUUUCAAGUACUUAACAAUGAAUGUUGUUAUACAGAAAAUGAAAAAGGAAAGAUUAUAUCACAUUAUUAUUUUCUCAUGACAAAAUUAAUGUAUAAUUAUCUUCAACAAUUUUCAAUGGAAUUGUGGAAAAUAGAAUGGUAUGACAUUAUAACAAAUGUGUUUCAACUGGAAGGUAUUAAGAUAAUACCAACAGUAGCGAUAAUACUAAAAACAAUUAUCGAAAAAAAUGGGCUACAAAGUUCAGAAGAUAUAGAAAAUUUUACAUCAACUGUUCAGUUAUGCUGGAGAAUUACAUUUUUAAAUAAAAAAGAUGCUAUUUUCUCGGUAGCAGUAAAAAAUCUUGUUGCAAUUAUAGUAAAUUCUAAGUUUCUGAAUUUACCAAAUAUUGUGAUAAUUAUAAAUCCAUUUCUAACUCAAUUGAUUCAAGAAAGUGACAAUAUACCAAAUCUAAAAAGAAUAUUGUUAAUUCACAUGGAAACAUUAGAUAUAAAUAAUAUAUUAUAUAAUAAAAUAAAUUUUGACAAAUUAUUAUUAGCAUGCCUUCUUCAUGGUUAUGCUAUUAGACGAGAUAAAAAGAUUGAGAAUCAAAUAUGUUUAUAUAUUGAAAAAAAUUUGCAAGACUUCUAUAAACUUCAUUUGUCAAUCACUGAUUAUAAUAAUGAUGCAAUUGUGAGGGCACAAGCUACAAUAUUACUUCACAAAAUAAUUACCAAAAAACCUGAAUAUGCAUCUAUAUUUUUGCAUUCUGUUCUUGCAGAAUUGGAGAAAAAUAAAAAUAAAAGAUAUUUUAAAGAUUCUCAUUUGCAUAGAGUUAAGCAUAGACUCAUACAAAUAUUAUUGGUGUUAGAACCAUUACUUAAUAUGGAAAGUAUUUCAUCCCUUCAAGAAAUAUUAUGUAAUUUAAUUCUAUUAGAAAGUAAUCAACAUAGUAUACGUCUAAUGCAAGAGUGGUUAUUAAUUAGGAUUUUUGUAAAAUAUCCAAAUUUACAUAAUAAAUUAUGGAAUUUCUUUGAAGAGAGUCUCUUGAAACGUCCUGGAUGUACAAGUUCAAUUGCAAGUGUGAUAUAUCAUGUAGCUCUACUUCUUUCUGGUCAAACUCAAUGUGAUUUUCUUAGACAGGCCAUGCCAUAUAUUGCAUGCUGUUGUUUAGGCCAAAAUUACAAUAUGCGUUUAUACAAUCAGGUGAUUUUGGUAAAGUUAUACGAAUUAUUAAAAUGCUCAAAUUUUGAUGAUAUAUUAGAAUAUGUAGGAUUAUAUAAUGCAGCACUUAAAAGUUUACAACAAGGAAAUUUAAUGAAAAAUUCAUUAAAAAUACAGGAUGAUUUUUAUUUUUCUGUUUUUCAUCCAAUAGAUGAUUAUAGUUUGCAGACUAUCUAUUUUGAGAUUCCAAGAUUGUCAGCCAUGGAUGCAGAUGAGUGGAUUGCAUCUCAUUUAUUUCAUGAUUUAAAUUUUACAGAAACUAUUAAUCAUCCUUUAUGUUUGCAAAAUUUAAAUAAAAAAUUAGCCGAAUCUAAACUAUGUAUGCAUUUGAUAAAAUCUGCUCCAUGUAAUAAGGAAACAUCACAUUUCAAUGAAAUGGAUGAUGAUGGCCUGUGUAAUAUACAAAAGAAAAUUACACCUGUUAAGUCAGUUAAUUCUAUUGAAAAUAACAUUGGGAUAAUGUCACUUCAAAAUACUGUAUCUAAUAUCAUAGAUGAAAAUAUUAUAAUUGUUGCAUCCCUAAUUGAUCGUCCUGCAAAUCUAGGAGGUCUUGCAAGAACAUGUGAAAUAUUUGGUGCUAAUGAAUUAAUUAUUGGAAAUUUACAAUAUACGAAAGAGAAAGAAUUUCAAAAUCUCAGUGUGUCUUCCGAUAAAUGGAUAAAUAUUACAGAGGUAAAGCCUUAUCAACUAUGUGAAUAUCUCCUAGAAAAAAAAGAUAUGGGUUGGGAUUUGGUAGGAGUUGAACAAACUGCUAAUAGCAUAAAUCUUUUGAAUAUGAAAUUUAAAAAAAAGACAAUACUUGUUUUAGGAAAUGAAAAGAGUGGUAUACCAGCUAAUUUGAUACCCCUUUUUGAUGUUUGCGUGGAAGUACCUCAAGUUGGCAUCAUACGUUCAUUAAAUGUUCAUGUUACUGGAGCAAUAUGUAUAUGGCAAUAUGCAAAACAACACAUAUUUGUUUGAUACUCAUGAUUAUAAAUUCUUUUUCUUUUUUCUUCUUUCUUUUUUUUUUCUUUUUUUUUUUAAGAUUAUAUAUUACUGGAAUAGUGUAAGUCUUGCAACAAUUAUUGUAUAAGAACAAAAUAAAUAUUAUAUAGAUAAAUAAAAUAACAAUAUAAUAAAUAAAUUUAU